AUGGACCUAAUCCGGGUAUUCUGCGGGAAGCUUUGGUUUCUAGCCAGCACGCUAGACCACGAGACAACGCGAUUGCAGCAAGUGCUAGAAGGAGAUGACAGCGAAUUUGAAGAUGAUCCAAUGAGGAUUUUACAUGACCUUCAAGUCUGGGCUCUGAAGGAUGAUGUUAAUGCUCUGCUUGAUAAAGCAAGAUCAGAAAGUCAAGAAAGCAUUGAUUUUAUUAAGGCAACAAAACUACUGAUGAAAAAAAAUUCGAUGGAUAUCAUAAAAAUAAGAGAAUUUUUCCAGAAGUAUGGAUAUAAUCCACGUGUCAAGGAAAAUUCAGUCUGUGAACAGGAAAUUGUUGAUUCUACCCCAGAAAUGGCCAGCUGUGACCAUGUUCAAAAGCCUCAUGGGAAGGAUGAACUGCCUGAUCCAUCUGCCCCAGUUUCUGAGGAGCCUCUGCGCAGUCCACAGCUUGCAGAUUUUGGAAUGGAGCGGUAUAUGAUACCUCAGGUUCUACCAAACCCUCCACAAGCCAUAAGCAACCACAAGGAAGACCCCAUAACUGAAACUCCACCUACGAGACAAUCAGUAGUUAAAAUACUAAAAACUCUAAAAUGUGCUCUAAAGAUGGAUGAUUUUGAGUGUGUAACUCCUAAAUUAGAGCAUUUUGGUAUCCCUGAAUAUACUACGUGUCUAAAUGAAGAUUACACAAUAGGACUGAAAAAUAUGAAGACUAUCAAAAGUGAGGUGGCUGUAGAAACAGAAUUCAUGACCAGUGAUAAUAGCUUUGCCGCUGCUGGCCCCAUAAUCCAGCAAUUGGCAAAAGGAGAGUCCAACUACACAGAUUCCCCUUUGACUCCUACAUUCUGCACUCCCGGUUUGAAAGUUCCUUCGGCAAAGAAAAACACAGCUUUGGUAUCCACAAACUAUCCAUUAUAAGAAAUACAAAGUUCAUCAAAUGAUUUUGAAGUUAAAGAUUGUACUUCAUUAGUUUUACAUUCAGACCAGUGCUUGGAGAAUUUUGCAGACCCUUCUUCGCCUACAAUUUCAUCUUAUGAGAUUCUGCUCAGAACACCCACACCUCCAGAGGUAACUGCUAUUCCAGAAGAUGUUCUCCAGAUUUUGUCAAAAUACAACUCAAACCGAGCUACUACAGUAGUAGUGAAAGCAGUGCCUCCCAGGGAAGGGCUCCUCAAAGCCGAGGGAUGGAAUAUCCCAGAGGAUGGCAACAAAGAAAACUGACAAAAAAAUUCUAGAGGAUCCAUCCAUUAUACAAACUGAACAGAGUUAAGAACGAAGCAGAGCUGGAUUUAUUUGUUAUUAAUAU